ACAUUUAGAGAGAGAGAUAUUUCAACCACAAAUUUUAAAACAUAUUGAUUAUCACAUAAAAGAGAAAGAAAGAAAUUAAACAAAGGAAAAUCAUAAAGGAACUUGGGACCUAUUUGAGGUCCCAAAUCUUGAAAGAAAGGGAAAAGAAAAAGAGAGAAAAUAAUAAGAAUUUAUCUUAUUAUUUGAAUAUUCUUGUGUGUUUCAUUGUUGAAUUAAUUUGUUGAAGAAAUAUGAUGAUGAGCCAAAGGAGCAGUACUGGAGAUAAAAAAGGAGAAGAAAAGGCAACAGUUGUUGCAAUAGACAAAGAUAAAGGAAGUCAAUAUGCAUUAAAAUGGGCAGUUGAUAAUCUUAUUGGCAAAGGCAAAAAUAUUACUCUUCUUCAUGUUAAAGUCAGACCUUCUAAUUCCCUUCCAAAUGCAGAUGUGAGUGAUGGAACUCCCAAAGUAUAUAGAAGUGAUCCUGAUAGUCAAGCAAAGGAGUUGUUCUUACCCUUCCGAUGCUUCUGCAACCGUAAAAAUAUUCAAGUCAAUGAAGUUGUAAUCGAAGGCAUAGACGUAGCAAACUCCAUAAGCGACUACAUUUCAACCAAUGUCAUAGAGAAUCUGGUGAUGGGAGCUGCAUCAAGAAAUGGUUUCGUUAGCAGAUUCAAGACGAUGGAUAUUCCAAGCGCCGUCACCAAAGUUGUACCAGGCUUUUGCACAGUUUAUGUGAUUGCCAAAGGGAAAGUUCAAACGAUAAAGAGUGCAUCUGCGCCUGUUCCCAGUACACUACCUGCCCCGCUGCAGAAUCAGACCAGCUCCUCUCUAGGUGCUAAGUUUGGCAUCAUCGAUACACGUUAUGGACAAAUCAACAACACAAGAGGUCCUAUUUCAACAGGAAGUAUGGCUGAUAGUAGGUCACCGUACGCAACCCGAAGUUCAACUGACGACUCAGAUUUCAUCAAGUCACCAUUCAACAGAAGUAAAGGGGUAAACAAAUCAUAUGGAGACUUCUCAGUGGCAGAUUCUGACCUAUCAUUUGUGAGCUCUGGUCGUCCAAGCUCAGAUCGUACAUUUCUGAUCUCUAUGGACAAUAAUGAAUUGGGUCUUCCACCUCGGCUUUCAAACAGCUCAGACACAGAUAAUAGAUAUUCUGCUGCUCGACUUUCAAACAGCUCAGAAACAGAGAGCAGAUUAAGCUUUGGAUCAUCAUUCUCAGGAACCAGGUUAUCUGAAGCUAAUGCCUUAUCAUCAAAUUCUUUUGAGAGUGGAAAUGGAUCAUGGUCAUCAACCAACAACCUGGAAGACAUUGAAGCGGAGAUGAGAAGACUCAAGCAGGAGCUCAAGCAGACCAUGGACAUGUACAGCACAGCAUGCAAGGAGGCACUUUCAGCAAAACAUAAGGCAUUGGAACUUAGCCGCUGGAAAGUAGAAGAAGAACAAAAAUUAGAAGAGGCACGACUAGCCGAGGAAGCAGCACUGGCCGUUGCAGAGAAAGAAAAAGCAAAGUGCAGGGCAGCCCUUGAAGCUGCGGAAGAAGCACAGAGGAUUGCCGAACGGGAGGCACAGAGAAGAAUCAAUGCAGAAAGGAAGGCACACAUUGAAGCUGAAGAGAAGAAGAAGGUAUUGGAUGCCCUUGCACAAAGUGAUUGCCGGUAUCGUAAGUAUACAAUAGAGGAGAUUGAAGCAGCAACGGAUAACUUUGCAGCAUCUCGUAAAAUUGGGGAAGGUGGAUACGGGCCGGUAUACAAGUGUUACUUGGAUCACACGCAGGUUGCGAUUAAGGUUCUUCGUCCAGAUGCUGCUCAGGGAAGGUCACAAUUUCAGCAAGAGGUUGAAGUUCUAAGCUGCAUAAGGCAUCCAAAUAUGGUUCUUCUACUUGGAGCCUGCCCUGAAUUUGGCUGCCUAGUGUAUGAGUACAUGGCCAAUGGGAGCUUAGAUGAUCGCCUCUUCCGAAGAGGAAACACUCCAGUUCUUCCUUGGCAACUAAGAUUCCGUAUAGCUGCAGAGGUCGGUACUAGCCUCCUUUUCCUUCACCAGACCAAGCCAGAACCUCUAGUGCACCGGGAUCUGAAACCUGGCAACAUUUUGCUAGACCGCAAUUAUGUAAGUAAGAUCAGUGACGUUGGUUUAGCUAGGCUCGUCCCCCCUUCUGUAGCUGACUCUGUGACACAGUAUCGAAUGACGUCAACAGCGGGAACAUUUUGUUAUAUAGACCCUGAAUAUCAGCAAACUGGGAUGUUGGGAACAAAAUCUGAUAUAUACUCACUUGGAAUAAUGCUUCUCCAAAUAAUCACAGCCAGACCUCCAAUGGGUUUGACCCACCAUGUUGAGAGGGCAAUUGAGAAAGGCACUUUUGCUGAUAUGCUUGAUCCAGCAGUUCCUGACUGGCCUGUUGAACAGGCUCUGACGUUUGCCAAGUUAGCACUCAAGUGUGCAGAACUCAGGCGUAAAGAUCGACCAGAUCUUGGCACUGUCAUUUUGCCUGAACUUAACAAGUUACGCGUACUCGCUGAAGAAGCAAUGCAACCAAUGCCUUAUGGAAGCAGCCCAAGAACCCCAUCCAGUGAAAGUCGAUCUAGCUCUCAAGUAAUUUCAGGAACUGAUAGCAAUAAAAGCCGCUCAAGCAACCCCUUUUCAUCAAGCACAAGAUCAAGUGGAGAAUAAGAAUAUACAUAAAACUGAAAGAGGUUGGAGGAGCCGAGAUAUUGGCAAGAUGCUGUUGACUCCAAAAAUACUACAAGCAGUUUCUUUGAUUUAGUUCAUCUUCUAGGAUAUAGCUGAAGAUAGCUGGUUUACCAGUUACUUGUUAUUUAUCCUGAAAAAAAAGAAAAUGAUGCUUUAACUAAACUCUGUUUAUAAAAGUUGACAGACUUCUGACA